AAUUAGAUAAAAAGAUUCAAGUUAUGUAGUUCAAUCCAGGUCCCAAUGUGGCUACUAAUUGCUUGACUUUUCUCUCAUUCGAUUAUCGAAGGUGUAUAUCUCUAUUGGAAUUCUCGGUUCCACCCAGUCCGGUUUCUCGGUCAUUUCCCCUAAAGGUUUAGAGUAAGUAUUGCUUAGCGUGUCUCACUAGAGUGAUUCUCCUCGUUAUCUCGAGAAAUCGCUCCGAGUUGAUUUGGCGCUUGGAACGACCAUUAGCACUACUCAGUAGUGUUUCUCCCCUCAUUUUCUCUCUCUAAAACAUAGAUUUUCCUCUGAUAUCAAUAGCGAAUUCCUAUAUAAGGGUAAGGUUCUACCUCGUUACCCGAUCAUGGCUGCGUCACAGCAGGCGGUAUCGCUUUAUAAACAAGCUGGGAGCGUCGACUCUAGACGCUCUACAAGUGAGGAAGGAAGUGAGAUGGAGGAGUUUGAGAAGGUGAGAUCAGGAGGUGACGAGAUAGACGGCAGUUUUGCACCGAUCCAGGCACCUAUAGCCGACGAAGAGCGGAUGCAGAAGGUGCACUCUACCAACUCACGUCCUAUCGAACGUAGCUGGUCUUUAAAUGAUGGAUACAGCUGUCAUACGGCGGAUGAAGAAGGUGUCGAGAAUGUCUCUGGCAAUGAAGGGGGCGAGGCCAAUGAAUCGCAUGCUUUUACCGUUGGCUGGGACGAAAAUGAUCCGAUGAAUCCCCGAAACAUCAAUACCUUCAGGAGAUGGAUUAUUGUCAUUAUUUGCUCGCUGGGCUCUCUUUGUGUGACUUGCACCUCGUCCAUGUAUACCGCUACCUACGACCAGAUAACGGAAGAGUUCAACUGUUCUCGAUUGAUUGCAACGCUGGGGCUAUCGUUCUUUAUCUGGGGACUUGGCAUUGGCCCACUGAUUUUAGGACCACUCUCGGAGUUUUAUGGACGAAGAUAUAUCUAUAUAACAUCCUUUGCCCUGUUUUUAAUCUGGCUGAUUCCGUGUGCCGUGGCUAAAAAUAUCGAAACCAUGAUCAUAUGCCGCUUUUUCAAUGGUAUCGCCGGGAGUGCAUUUCUCAGCGUUGCAGGUGGAACCGUAGGAGAUUUAUUUGCUCGCCAUGAACUAAGCGCGCCUAUGAUGCUCUACACAGCUUCACCUUUCGUUGGACCUGAAGUAGGACCAUUGGUUGGUGGAUUCAUAAAUCAAUUCACCACAUGGCGCUGGACAUUCUACGUGCUUCUUAUCUGGACAGGCGUAUUGCUAAUAUCCAUUGUUCUCUUUGUCCCAGAGACCUAUCAUCCGGUACUUUUGCGACGGAAGGCGGAGGCGAUUCGCAAAGAAACUGGAGACCAGCGAUGGAAAGCUCCGAUUGAAAAGUUGAAUCGCUCGAUAGCACAGACAGUGUUAAGCUCAAUUUACAGGCCUGUGCUUCUCCUGACACUGGAGCCCAUGUGCUUGUGUCUCUGUAUAUUCUCCGCCAUUUUGCUGGGUAUAAUUUAUCUUUUCUUUGGAGCGUUCCAGUUAGUAUUUGGCAGUGUGUAUGGGCUUGAGCUAUGGCAGCGCGGUCUUUGCUUUCUCGGUCUUUUUGUGGGAAUGGUUUUUGCUAUCCUAUCCGAUCCAUUUUGGCGCCGUGUUUACCAACGCUUGGAAGAGAAACACAAGAGAACUGAGGGAACAACGGAAGACUUCCAACCAGAGUGGCGACUGCCUCCAGCGAUCCUCGGCGGUCCUCUUGUUACCAUGGGAUUGUUCAUAUUUGCUUGGACAAUAUAUCCUCAUGUGCAUUGGAUUGCUCCUAUCAUUGGCAGUGCAUCUUUUGGGGCCGGGACCAUCCUUGUUUAUUCGGGCAUUUUCACUUUCUUGGUCGAUGCGUAUCCAAUUUAUGCCGCAAGCUCCCUAGCAGCGAACAGCUUCGCUCGUUCUACGUUCGGAGGAGUCUUUCCUCUUUUUGGAAUACAAAUGUACAACAGUCUAGGAUACCACUGGGCUUCUUCGCUUCUAGCUUUCCUAACGCUUCUUAUGGCGCCAUUCCCGUAUAUCUUUUUCCGGUAUGGUAGUCGCAUUCGGCAAAAGAGCCGAUUUGCCGCCCGAUAAAUAUCCACUUCUUUCCGGGACAGAUGGAGGGUUCGUAUCUCCAUACGUAUCUGAAUCUGCUACUGCCUAAGGUUCAUACUGAUAUAGUAUGAUUUUGGUUGAAUUGGUGUGCUUAGAUAUGGUAGUACAGAGGGAAGGGUGACGGCUUUUACUGGUCGGGCAAGGGUCCAAGCGUGUAGAAUAUAUUUACGUAGACAAAAGUGGUAGAUUCGAAUGCACAAAUAAGACUAGAUAUUGUGCUCUUGGACUACACUGGGGACGGCUAGUAUGUCCGGGAUAGAAUAUUCGAUAUAUGUGAUAUCGUACCGUUUCAUAUGGACUGUGGACCGACCAAUAUACGAUAAAAGGCUUCCAUUUGCUUGGGAUCCUUUAAUCACCAAUGUUGCCUCUACCUUGCAGUUGAGUUGAAAACAGCUACGCUCUGCUUCAAGGUAGGCUGAAACGCAAUGAACAAAUCAUGAAAUAACAGAACACGAACAGAGUAUAGCACGAAGCUUGUGAUGAGUGAGGGUGUCAAACCAGGCAGAUUGGCAAACGGCUUAAGCUCUUUCAGCUGUCAUUCACGCUUGCCUGGGAGAAGAGAAUGGGCAGUAGGUUAGGGCUGUUGUGGCCCGGGAGCCGAGGCAAUUCCUGGAUUUGAUAUAGCGUUUGAUGGUCGGGGAAAGACGGAAGAGUGACGAGGGAGAUUUCCGAGAACAGCCGGCAUGGCUAGGGGAAAAAUAAAUGGCUC